UGUGGUUCCAAUAUUAUUGUGCCUCUUGCAUCUUUAGUACGGACUGACUUCGUUUGACUGAUUCACAAGAUGGCAAAAGCUAAGACAGAGGUGGGGCUGAUCCUUCUUACACUCCUUGUACCUUUAGCACAUGGUAUGAUCGGCCCUUGUCAUCCUGUCACUACUGUGAUGGAUCUCAACGUAAAGAAGUGGCCUGGAGAGAUGUACUACAACCUGAUGACUAACGACCCGGGCCAGCGAUGUUCAUGGGUCUACCGUUACCUGAUCCACGACGAUGAACACGAUAGGGUGCUUCUGGGAGAGGAGUACAGACACAUUGACAAUGGCACAGAGAUAGUAGAGAAUCUAAAGGGCAUGUAUGUUGGGAAAGGGCACUACAUAUUCACCGAUAAAGACGUUGAAUCUUCUGCAUACGUCCAUUUCUUCAACUUGUAUUAUGAUCCUCCUCAUCUGGACUGUCAUUACAUCUGUUCUGACGACCCUGUCUACGAGGACGGCCGAGGAACUUUCGUUUGCAAAAGCAAAUAUCCAGAUGCAGUCAAGAAGUACUCAAGAAAAAUAAUGAAGAUUGCAAAACAAAAUGGGUUUGACCUGAAUGACCUGAUGAUAGUAGACAACUGCAAGUGUGGAAACCUACCGUACAAGUUUGGGUCUAGCACAUGCAAGCGAACAACUGUAGAUAGCUUCUUUUCACCAUACAACAUAAAGCUUCCCCUGCCCCCACCCACUGAUGCAGUUAAUGAUACACUGUCCAGUUAAUUGUUAUGCACGUGUCAUGUACUGUUAUUCCGACAAAUAAAUA